UAUACGCACACCAACCCAACUCACCCAUUUUCACCCGACCUGUUUUCAUUAUCAUCGUCUCCACCUCGUUAAAACCACUUACACUCAAAUCUUUCAAAUGCUAAUGCCUUUCGGUUCAACAUUUUAUCUUAUUAGCUAUUAUUUUGCCUUUACAGACUAUUAGGUUACCAGCAUUUACGUUAUUGACGUUAUUAUAUUUGGAUCGUCUCUUUAUAGCAGUUGAAUUGAACCUGCUUUUCAGUUCAAUUCAUGAUUUUGGCUGUUGAGAAGUUGUCGUUUUCGACAAUCACAAAAAAAUGGAUGUGGCUGAGGCGUUUUUUUACUCAGAUGAUUCCACCGGCUACGCUUACAAAGAAACGAGGUUCCGUCCGUUACCGAGGAUGGUGGACCUCACUCCUCCGUUUAAUCGCUCAUAUGUACAAAUGGAAUUUGUUAGAAACAGUGCAAAUGGAGUUUGUUAGAAAUAGUGCAAAUGGAGUUUGUUACAAAUAGUGAGUAUGAACAGAAGCUCAACACACCCAUUUCUCACUCUCUGUGUUUGUUAACCUCGUUUUUGUCACCCAUUCGUUGAAAGCUCAAUGAAGAACACAUCGAAAAACUCGUCGGAGAAUGCAGUGGCCGGAGGUGGGUACCCAAUGCAGGUACCCCAUUACCAUCUCCAACAGCCGGAGGAGCAGCAAUCGGCGGUGAAUGCUGCGGGGGCAGCGGCGGCGGGGUACCCAAUGCAGGUACCCUAUCACCAUAUCCUUCAGCGGCAGCAGCAACGGGAACAGCAGUCGGCGGCGGCGGCGGCGGCGGCGGCGGUGAAUGCAGCGGCGGCGGCGGCAGCUGGGUACCCACUGCAAGUACCCUACUACCAACUCCAGCAACAGCAGCAACAACUGGAACAACAAUCGGUGGGGAGUGUAGAGGUGGCGGCGGAAUCUGGGUACCCACUGCAGGUACCCUACUACCAGCUCCUUCAGCAGCAGCAGCAGCAGCAACAGGAGCAGGAACAGCCGUUGGCAGAGAAUGCAGCUGCUGCUGCGGCGGUGGCAGCGGCAACUGGGUACCCACUGCAGGUACCCUACUACCAGCUCCUUCAGCAGCAACAACAAGAACAGCGGUUGGAAGAGAAUGCAGCUGCGGCUGGGUAUCCAAUGGUGGUACCCUACUACCAUGUCCUGCAGCAGCAGCAGGAACAACAACUAGGGGAGAAUUCAGUGGCGGCGGCCGCUGCCGCUGGGUACCCACUGCAGGUUCCCUACAACCAACUCCUUCAGCAGCAUCAUCAUCAUCAAAAAGAACAGGAACAGCAACAGAAGUUGGAAGCAUUUUGGGCGUGUCAGCUCAAGGAAAUUAACGAGACGAACAAUUUCAAGAACAACAAACUUCCGCUUGCUCGUGUCAAGAGGUUGAUGAAAGAUAACGAGGAUGUUUGCAAGGUCUCCGGGGAAGCACCAAUGUUGAUGGUGAAAGCAUGUGAAAUGUUCAUACAGGAACUUACUCUCCACUCGUGGCUUAACACGGAGGAGAAUAAACGACGGAUGGUGCAGAAGAAGGAUGUCGCCAAGGCGAUUGAGCGGACUGAGCUUUUUGAUUUCCUUGUUGACAUUGUUCAUAAGGAUGAGAUCAGGGAAGAGGGUGCUGGUUUUGGGCCCAGCAUGCUUGGCUCCACAUCAAGUGAUGUUCAGAACGCCCAUCCACCCAUGGGGCAGACUGCUCCAUCUGAGGUGAUGAUUAGAGGGACUGCGUCAAGUGGUAUUCAGAACUUCAAUCCACCCAUGGGGCAGACUGCUCCAUCUGAGGUGAUGAUUAGAAGUACUGCUAAGCCUAGGGUUUACCCAUCUGUCUAUGCCCAGCCUCAGGCGUGGCAGGUUGCUGAGGAUAAGACCAUUGCUAGUGGAGAGAGCAGUGCACAGGGUAAUGUCGAUGAUUAAAGAUCUUGCUGCAGUGGAAGAUCAUGUUUGCUGCUGAUCAAAUGCUUGAUGCCACAACGAUAGCUCUUAGUUACUCAUGCUACAGGUCCUCUCGAAUGUGAAUGCAGCUUAAUUCUACUGUCCAUGAUUCCUCUAGGGUUGUCGAAAUUCUGAAUUGAUCAAUACUCUAUAUAGCUAGAAGUGGAAAUUGUUUUGGGUGGAAAUUCAGCAGCAACUCUCUCUAUGCUGUUCACCAUUGCUUCCUUUUGCAGGUCUUCAAAAGUUUGGUAAUGCAGUUUGUCGGUUUCCCAUGAUUGUUUGACCAGUUCUCUAUAGAUUUCGUCACAUAAUUGGAGAAAAAGUUCAGAAAUGAAGAUGCAUUUCUGCCACUGUAGUAUGCAGCCCUAUGCCAUUACUCGGUGAGAAUUGCUUUUCAUGCCACUGUAUCAUGCAGCCCUAUGCCACUACAGCUACGCAAGCUGCACACUCCAGUGAGACAGCUUUGAACAUUCUAUUCGGUCAACUAUCUAAGCAAAAUGCAAAAUAAACAAUUUCAGUUCCUUAUAGAUUUCGGCACAUAAUUGGAGAAAAAGUUCAGAAAUGAAGAUGCAUUUCUGCCACUGUAGUAUGCAGCCCUAUGCCAUUACUCGGUGAGAAUUGCUUUUCGUGCCACUGUAUCAUGCAGCCCUAUGCCACCACAGCUACGCAAGCUGCACGCUCCAGUGAGACAGCUUUGAACAUUCUAUUCGGUCAACUAUCUAAGCAAAAUGCAAAAUAAACAAUUUCAGGUAUUGAAUCAUACUUCUUGCAAGAUGUAUUUUGGUGCUUUCUUCUGUCUGCUUCUAGAAUAGAAUAGUUAUCUCUUCCCCCCCCCUCCUUCUCCUCCUCCUCUCUGUCUUGCUUUUCAUGUCUGAAUCUGAUCAAUUUUCUUGUGGUUAGAUAGAAUUCCUCUUGCAGUCAUUACUAAGCCUUGCUUUCUCUGCUUGCAGUCGCUGGAACUUAUAUGUUAAGAUGGUUUACUUUUUUGCUUUUGAUGCCACAAGAGUAUGAGCUGCUGUUAUUUUGUCAAGAUGCUUAUAUUCUUUGAUUCCAGGUACAAAGUUGUCGCGCCUACUCGGUACGGUUGAUGCAAGACACCUUACUGCUGUAGAGUUCUAUUUUUGUAGUCCUAAUUCUGAGGAAUUUGUUUGGACCUUCUCCUCUUAUUUAGGCUCUAUUGGAUAGUCAUUAUCCUUUUCCAAGUCUAUCAUGGCUGAUAUAGAUCUUGUGCAAAUUCUUUAUAUACCUGCCAUACAAUCAAUAAAGACGAUAACUAUUUUCCCAUCUUCUGAUUUUGCCUCUUUAUGGUAUCGGAGCACUUCUAAGUACUCCCAUGAGUUGAUCCUUUUUUUUUCCUUCUUACUCGUCCAAAUGGCCCCUAAUACUUCUGUGGCCAAUGCCGAUGGAGUCGAUAACGCCGAUACUGUUGUGCAGUUUAAUCCUGUUACCCAACUGCCCAUAAAAUUAACCGGCAGUCACAAUUUCUCGCUGUGGAAAGCUCAAGUUUCAAUGCUUAUUCAUGGUCACAAUCUUUAUGGGCAUCUCGAUGGCUCCAUCCCUGCUCCUAUUCGCACCAUCUCUCAAAACAAUCAAGAUGCUGAUAAUCCUGAGUUUCUUCCUUGGUAUAACCAAGAUCAGUUAAUUCAAAAUGCUAUCUUAGCUUCCGAUUAUCCUACACUUACGCCAAUUUUGCUAUUGCAGUCCCCGCCAAACUUGCCUGGGAUGCUUUGCAUAUUGCAUAUGUAAACAAAUCUGAAACAGGAAUUUUAGCCUGUUAGACUGAUUGGCACGCCUUACUAAAGACUCUCGUCAAGUCACGUAUUACCUUCAUCAAGUUCGUUCACUUUGUGAUGAACUUGCAACUAUUGGUGCACUGGUAUCAAAACCAGAACUCACUGUUAAAAUUCUCAUGCACUUGGAUCUGAAUUUCGAGAACUCUCUGCUGCCAUUCGUGCACGGGAUUCUCCUAUAUCCUGUGAAGAGCUUUACGAAAAGCUUCUAGAUUAUGAGCUUUUCUUACAACAUAAGGAAGCCAAGAAGCCUCUAUCAACUCCUAUUACGGCUGCUUUAGCACAAAAGACAAGCUCAACUCCUUCUUACUCUAGCAAUCGUCCAGGUGAGAACACUCCUGCCAACAAUCAACAAUGGUGAGCUUAACACCCACGUAGAAACAACCACCAGCAGCCCUCUGACAAACACCUUCGCUGCCAACUUUGUGAUCACAUUAAGGGUGUGUAUCGGUCGGUUCGAUUCUACAUAUUAUCGGUUCGGUUUAUCGAUUUUUGAUUUUUAAAUAUGCUAAACCAAUAAGAUAUUUUUUAUCGGUUUUUCAGUCUUUAACGGUUCGAUUUUCGAUUUAACCAAUAAGAAAAUACUGAUAAAAUAGAAAUAGUCGUAACUAACAUUGAAAAAAAUCGAUUAUUAGUUGCAAUUAAAAAUCCUACAUGAUGUGUUUUAAUUUACAAGAAUCUUCAAGUUUGAACUAAGUGUUGUUAGGAGAAAUUAAGAGUUUGUAUAAUUGAAAUAAUAAGUUUGUUGAUUUGUAGAAAUUAAAGAGAAAUUAAGAGAAAUAUAUAAUAAGUCAUAUAUAUGUGUGUGUGCGUGUAUGUAUGUAUGUAUAGUCUUAUUGGUUAUCGAUUUACCCAAUAGCCCAAUAAGAAAAAAUCGAACCGAACAAUAAUCCAAUAAUUUUUUUAUAGCCCAAUAAUAUUUUUAUCGGUUUGGUUUAUCGAUCGGUUCGGUUUUUGCACACCCCUAGAUCACAUUAGUCAUUCGUCUACCGUUUGCAGAUCGUAGUCACAUGACCUUCUGCAAGUCCAGGCAAACUUUGCUGCUUGUUUUUCUCCUCAAUAAACCCCUUCGAUCAUGGAUGGUGGAGCCACUCAUCAUACUACAUCUGAUGCUCAAAGUCUAGCCACUAUACAUGACUAUCACGGCACUGAAGGGAUAACUAUGGGCAAUGGUAACACCAUUCCAAUAUCUCAUACCAGUAACGCUAACAUAAAUGCAUCAAAUUAUCAUUUCAAACUUCUCAAUACCUUAUGUUCCCCUAUCAUAAAAAAUUAUUUUUGUUUCUAAGUAUUGCAUUGAUAAUCAUUUCCUGAAUUGACCUUUUCUCUUCCCAUUAUAUUUUGAAAGAUCUGAGUAUGGGGGCGUCUCUAGUUCGUGGGCAGGAUAAAGAUGAGUUAUAUGGUGAGUUAUAUGAGUGGCCACCGGGUUGUGCACAUCGUUCUCUUCAAUGCAAUGUUUUAAAUACUAUCUUGAGUAAUUUUUCCCUUCCUAUUGUAGAUCCUAAAGCUUGUUCCAUUUGUAGUUCUUGUUAUUCAAAUAAAACACAAGGUUGACUUUCUCAGAAAAUUCAUUGCAAAGUAAUAAGCCCGUGUAAAUCCUUUAUAACGAUUUAUGGGUUAAUCUUUGAUUUUGUCAAUUGAUAAAAAAAAAGAUAUUAUGUUUUAUUUGUUGCUCAAUUCUCAAAAUACAUGUGGUUGUUCACUUUAAAAUAAAAAAAAUGAAAUACUGGAAGUUUAUCAAGCUUUGCAUCCAUUGCUUGAACGAAGGUUCAACACGAAAAUUCAAUUCUUUUACACUGAUGGUGGUGGCGAAUUUCAAAGUUUACUGUCCUAUCUUAAAACACAUGACACAGAACACUUAGUGUCACCCCCUUGUAUUCCACAUCGAGUUGCUCUAGUCAAAAGACGACACCUGCAUGUUAUUGAAACUGCUAAAACCUUGCUGCACCAAGCGCCUUUACCCUUACAUUUUUGGAGUUUUGCCUGUCAACAAGUUGUUUCUCUUACAAACAGGCUAACUACACCUAAUCUUCAGCAUAAGAGCCCCUUUCAAAUUUUGUUUCAAACUAUCCCUAAGUAUGACUCCAUUAAAGUAUUUGGUUGUUUGUGUUAUGGCUCAAGUUAUAUGCCAAAAAAAGAAGUAGAGCCCCAUUCUAUACUAUGUGUUUAUUUAGAAUUUUUGAAUAAACAGUACUGCCAUCAAUGUUUUGAUCCUUGAACUCCCAAAUAUAUUUAUCUCGCGACGUCUUAUUUUUGGGAAAUCAGUUCCCAUUCGAAAAUGUUUUUUCCGCUUUUAUCUUGACUUUUAAUUUGUUGUGGUCUAUCUACUUCCUUGUAUUGGUGUCUAUUGUUUGUUGUUCUUGGUAUUUGGCCUGUUUUUUGAGUUAUUUUUUGCUUUUGUUGGAGUGGUGGCUUUCGUGGUGGAUGGUAGGCGAGGGUCAUGUCCUGGGAGGCUGGGGUUAGGGUCGGGGUCUGGUGUUGGGUUAGUUGUGGGGUAUGGGGUGCGGGGUAAGCAUGAUACGAGAGUUGAUAGGUUGGGGUUUGGGUCCUGGAAUAUAUGGAUCCUUUAGGGUAAGUCCAUAGAGUUCGCAAAGAUUCUUAAGAAGAGGAGAAUUAAUAUCGCGUGUGUCCAAGAGACCAAGUGGGUAGGCUCUAAGGCUAGGGAUGUGGACGGGUACAAGUUGUAGUACUCAGGUAGUGAGAGACGUCGGAAUGGAGUAGGUAUCUUAGUACACGAAGAGCUUAGGGGGCAGGUAGUGGAGGUUUAGAGGGUUAGUGAUAGGUUUCUGACUAUUAAGUUGGUCAUUGAAGGGUUUACUCUGAACGUUUGUAGGGCUUAUGCGCCUUAGGUAGGCUUGGACGAGGAGAAGAAGAGAUUUUGGGAGGUUUUGGACGAGGUGGUGAGUGGCAUUCCUAGCUCUGAGAAGAUUUUCGUAGCAGGGGAUUUCAAUGGGCACAUCGUGUCAUUGCCGAGAGGUUAUGACGAUGUGCAUGGAGGCUUUGGUUUCGGGGAUAGGAAUGAAGAAGGGGUUGCUCUUUUGGAUUUUGCGAGGACCUUUGGAUUGGUGGUAGUGAAGUUGAAUUUCUCGAAGAAGGAGGACCACAACCAAGACUCAGAUUGACUUUUUGCUGCUUAAGAAGGGGGAUAGAGCAUUGUGUAAGGAUUGUAAGGUCAUUCCUGGUGAGAAUCUUGCGACCUAGCAUAGGUUUCUGGUGAUGGACGUGGAUAUCAAGAAGGGCAAGAAGAGGAGAGGUGGAGAUGGUCGACCAAGAAUUAGGUGGGUGGCUUGACUCCAGCUAGUACUUUGGAGAUGGGGGAGAGGUUGGCAGCGAUGGGGGUGCGGGAGUGUAGGGGAGACAUUGAUAGUAUGUGGGAUAGGGCUGCCAGUUUUACUAAGGAGAUAGCUAGAGAGACGUUGGGUGUCUUGAGGGGACGACCUGGCCAUCAUCGAGGGGACUGGUGGUGGAACGAAAAGGUUAAAAAGAAGGUGGAGGCUAAGAAGGUGACGUAUGCUAAGUUGACUGAGAGUAAGGAUGAAGAGGAGAAACGGACGAACAGGGAGGAAUACAGGUUAGCUAGGAAGGAAGCUAAGUUAGCGGUUACGACAGCUAAGACAACAACUUUUGAGAACUUGUAUGCGGGUUUAGAGGAGAGAGACGGGAAGAAAAGGUUGUAUAGGUUUGCUAAGGCUAGGGAGCGGAAGGCUCGUGUCCUUGACCAAGUGAAGUGCAUUAUGGGGAAGAUGGCGAAGUACUGGUGGAGGACGUUCACAUUAAGAGAAAAUGGCAAUUGUAUUUCCAUAGGCUCUUUAAUGAUGAUGGGGACAAAGACAUUGUGUUAGAGGAGUUUGAAAACUCUGAGGGGUGUCAUGAUUUUGGUUAUUAUAGAUGUAUAAGGGUGGAUGAGGUCUUUGAGGCUACUCGGAGGAUGCGUAAGGGUAGGGCGUGGGGCCUGAUGAGAUCUUGGUGGAUUUUUGGAUAUAUUCAGACGGGGCAGGUUUGAGGUGGUUGACCUAAUUGUUUAAUGGCAUUUUCAGGACUGUGAAGAUGUUCGAGGCUUGGAGAUGGAGUACGAUGAUCCCUUUAUACAAGAACAAGGGUGACAUUCAGAGUUGCAACAACUACAUGGGCAUUGAGUUGUUGAGUCACACUACGAAGAUUUGGGAGAGAGUGGUUGAGCGGAGGUUGAGGAGGAGCAUGUCUUUUUCGGAGUAUCAGUACAAAUUUAUGCCCGGUCGCUCGACGAUUGAGGCAAUUCACCUUGUGUGGAGACAAGUGGAGAUGUAUGGGGAGGAAAGAGGGACUUAUAUAUGGUGUUCAUCGACCUGGAGAAGGCAUACGACAAAGUCCCUAGGGAGGUACUUUGGAGAUGCUUAGAUGCUAGAGGGUGCCGGUGGCGUAGGUGCCGUGGUGUACGCUAUUUGCGGAUGGUAUAGUUUUGAUUAGUGAGACGAGGAGGUGUUAAUGAUAAAUUGGAGGUUUGGAGACAAACCUUGGAGUCAAAAGGGUCAGAUUGCGCAGGACCAAGACGGAGUACUUGGAAUGUAAGUUCAGCGACGUGACAAGGGAGGACGAGGUGGUAGUGAAGUUGGAUUCGUAGGUUGUUUGUAUGAAGUAUAGUUUUAAGUAUCUUGGGUCUAUGAUUCAGGGAAAUGAAAAGAUUGAUGAGAAUGUCACGCAUCGUAUUGGGGUAGGGAGGAUGAAAUAGAGGCUAGCCUCAGGAGUUUUGUGUGAUAAGAAAGUGCCUCCCAAGCUUAAAAGCAAAUUUAUAGAGUGGCAGUCCGUCCGGUCAUGUUGUAUGGAGCAGAGUGUUGGCCAGUUAAGAACUCUCACAUUCAAAAGUUGAAAGUGGCGGAAAUGAGAAUAUUGCUUUGGAUGUGUGAGCUUAUUAGGGAAGACAGGGUUAAGAAUGGGAUUAAUCGGGCGAAGGUGGGAGUGGCCUCGGUAGAGAACAAGAUGCGGGAAGUGGGGUUGAGAUGGUUUGGGCAUGUGAUGAGGAGGGGAACGGAUGCCUCGGUUCGGAGGUGCGAGAGGUUAACUUUGGAUUGGUAGAGGUAAGCUGAAGAAAUAUCGGAGAGAGGUGAUUAGACAGGACAUGAAGCAGUUACAGCUUACUGAGGACAUGGCUCUAGAUAGGAAAGUAUGGAGAACUCGAAUCAGGUUAGUAGGUUAGUGUGUGUGGGUGAGUUGUAGCCAGUAGUUAGGUUCGGUUUGGGGUAGCCAGCUAGUAGUUGUAAGCCUUUGCACAUAAGAGGGAGUCUCUAGUUAGGUGGGUUGGGGGAGGUGGGUACUUGCGGGGUGUUAGUGUAUCAUAUUACUUUGUGGGUGCCUUUUUCUGUUAUUUCAUCUUGUUUCAUGGUUUAUUACGACCUUAUAUACCGUCUCUGUGUCUUUAGCCGGGUCUAUCGGAAACAACCUCUCUACUUCUUCGGAGGUAGUGGUAUUGACUGCGUACAUUCUACCUCUCAGACCCCACUAGGUGGGACUUACUGGUAUGUUGUUGAAAAAUACACAAAAUAAAAAUGUAUCUUGGGAAAUUUUUUCAACUGAACAACCACGGGUUAAUACUCAAAGUUCAAAUGAUUCUUAUGAGUUUCCUACUCAGAUUGUGCAGCAGCCUGUGGACACGCCUGCAUUCACUCGUCUCCUCUGCCUCAACAGGUACUACUGGGUUAGGUAAUUCAGUUUCUUCCUCGUCUGAUACUUCUUCUCUUUCUCCAACAUCAUCCCUGCCCCUUCCCUUCACCAUCCAAAAUUUAGUUUCCUGCCACAGUUCACUUCAACCGAAUGGUUCAGCCUCAUCAGUUCAUCCAUCUCCCCUUUUAAACGCUUAACCACAAUCCACAAUAAUCACUUACUAGCACCGAAAUAAGCCCACUGGACCUUUGUGCUAGAACCCUAUGGUACAACCCUCUUCCGCAUCACUUGCCCCACCUCUCAUGGCCACACAACCUUUCCUUGUUGCCUCUAACUCUGCUGCGACGCCCAAUCAUCACUAUUUUCCCAAGUUGGGUGUUGUUGACACCACCAGUUUGCGGGGGCGUUAUAACGGGUAACUUUUGUAUUCCUAUCAAAAAAUUCAUUAGGUAAAAGACUGAUGAGAUGGGAUUUUCAACCCCAGGGGGUAUCAUGCAGAAUCAAUCCCCAAAAAAAGAACUUUACAAUUUGCCUAUGAAGUUAACUAGACUUUCUACUUCCCCCACCAUAUUUUGUUUAUACCAAAAAUACAACAAACUCAGACUUUACAUCUUGAUCUUCUGAAUGCUUCUAGCUUGCUCAUCAUGGGAUCUUUCAUUCCUUUCCAUUCAAAGUGACCACUCAAUGCAUGCUGGAAUACAUUUCCACCGGUCCUCUUUUGAUUUUCUUCUUCUACCUCGUCCUUCCCAUUGUUUGAGCAUGUCUGAAGUAGUUUUGGGCACUACCCAGUUAAACCCAAGAAUACAUAUAAGAACAUAUCCCAUCGAUUUAUAACUGUUUUGCAAUGUAGGAAUAAGUGGUUGUUAAUCUCUGCCUCUUUUUCACACAUACUACACCUUGAGCAAAUUUAUGUACCUCUCCUGUGUAACACUUCAUGGGUUAAACAUGCUUUUCUGAUCACCAACCAUGUGAAGCAUGACACCUUAUGAGGGCCUUUGAUCUUUCAGAUUAGUUUCCAUGGCCACUCCAUUCCCAUUAUUUGGUUAUAGUUCAUAUUCCAGUAACACGAUUUCACAGUCGAAAUUCCUUAGUUGUGCAACUUACAUAUUGGACAAUCUGGUUCCUCUGAGACACCUGGGAAUAUAUUCAACACCUGCAAGAGCCCUGCAACUCUACUAAUCUCCCAGUCAUUUAGAGCCCUCCUAAAAUUCAGGCUUCAACCUUGAGGGCUCCACAUCUUUGCCAGCAUCUAUUGCAAGCUAGAAUGUAUAGAUCUGGGAAUAAAGUUUUCAGGUUCCUGUCUCCUAUCCAGUUUACAUUCCAGAAACUAGUUUUUACCCCAUCUCAAUCUUGAAUGACAAAUUGGAAUUAAAAGGAGGCCUUAGUCUUCUGAUAGUCUUUCAAACAGAGCACCCAAAAGUUCCAGCUUCUUUAUCAGUGCACCAAUUAUUUUGGAGACAUACUUCUGGGAGAUGAAUCCUCUCCAUAAAAACAAGUCGUCAUUAUAGAACCUCUAAAGCUACUUCUUCAACAAACUCACAUUCUGCAUGCUCAGCGUCUUUACCCCAAUACCAUCCUGGGCUUUGUUGAGAGUCACCUCAUCCCAUUUUACUAAUUUGUACCCAAGCUUCUCUUUAUCUCCCUACCAUAAGAAGACUCUCCUAAGUUGUUGAUUUUCUUCUCUAUGCUUCUUGGAAUUGGGAAAAGACUCAUCAUGUAAGUGGGGAGAUCAUCCAUUACUGAUUUAAUGAGUGUUAAUCUGCCUCCUAAAGACAGCUAUUGGCUUUUCCAUCUUGUCAGCUUUCUCUCACUUCUUUCCAUCACUUCAUUCCAUACUUCCACUUCUUUAUUCUUAGCACCAAGAGGCAUAACAAGAUGUUUAGUUGGAAGGGAUGCUACUUGGCACCCUAAAUUGACAUCAACUAUCUCCAUAUUGGUAAUUUGGUUGACUGGGUAUAAACUACUGUUAUGCCAAUUGACAUGGAGUCUUGAAAUUCCCUAAAAAAUAGAUGAGUGUCCGAUCUGAAUUAUUGACUUAUUUCAGCUUCACAAAAUACCGAGGAAUCAUCUGCAUAUUAUUUCCACUACUGACAUUUGCAGGAAAACCAUUUAUCCAUCUAUUCUCACUUGCUUUUCUGAUCAUGGACCUCCAUUGCUAAGAUAAAUAGGAAAGGUGACGUGGGAUCACCUUGCCUCAACCACUAUGUAAUUGAAAGAAACAUUCUGGACUGCCACUUAUAAUAAGCGAAAAUUUCACAGUAGGUAUACAGAAUUUGAUCAAUUGAUCCACUUACAAUUGUUGAUUUUUAAAAGGAACAAUUUAAAAGUUUCGUCUCGUGGUCUAGCGUCGGAUAUCAUUUAAAGAUGGCAGUGGGGAGUACUUACAGGGACAAUUCCUGUUGUCUUUCAUUGACCUGGCUGUGGUUCUGAGCUUAACAUUUUUCUUUUCCUUCCAUGUCUUGUUUAUUAUGUCUUCCUUCUUGUGGGUUGUGAUGUAAUUUUUCCUCAUCAUGGUGGGAUAUAGGUUACCCAUUUGCAAUUGGAUCAAUUGGUUUAGAGGAAUUGUUCGGGUACUCUAGCAUGAGUGCAGGUGUUGAAUAAGUUAUUAAUGUUUUCUCUGGUGAGAGGUUUAGUCGUGUGAUUAUUUCUCUUCUGCUUAAUAAUUGUAGAUAUGGUUAGUGAAAGUAUGGAAUUUAGCCUGCUUGAUCACAUCUAGAGUUCUUUUUGUGGUUUGUCAUGGAGGAGAUUUGUGAUUAUUUCUGUUCUGCUUGAUAGUUACAGAUAUGAUUGGUCAAGUUAUGAAAUUUGGCGCGGUUUGAUCGCAUUUGAAUUUCGUUUUUGGGGUCUGUCAGGUACAUUUAGUUAAUAUGUUCUCUGAUUUGGGAAAGUCAUGUUUUCUGGAAAUUAAGCAAUGUCUUGGGGCAUUGGUUUGGACAUACUGCUUUAUCUACCAAUUCUACUAUUAAUUUUACGGUUAUUGUCUCCUGCUGGGCUUCUCACCCAGGUACUCUCUCCUAUGGUUUUUUUUUAUCCAAGUGUGGUCUGAGUUGUUAUGAAUGCAUGGGUAGAAGCGUCCUGGCUUUCGAAUGCAGUUGCUCUUUUCUUAUUUAUUUGGUGCAAACUUCUUGCUAUAAUGGAACCUUUCAGUAAGUUCAGUUGUUCAAUAUAUAUUGAGGUGUUACAGAUGCAUUCUGAAAAUUCAAGCAAUGUACUAGAGCAUUGGUUGGAAUAAAAAAUAAAAAAAUGUACCAUUGGUUGGAAUAUAUAUUGACAUGGUGCUUCAUAUCUCUCUUUUUUUUUUUUUUUUUAAAAAUAAUGUACCAUUGUUAGUAUUGAAUUUAAAAUUGAUCUUUUCUGUGGGGUCUUUUCCUUGGUGUGAUUUGAGUUGUUUUGGAUGUUAUGGGUAAAUUUAACGAGUACUCUAUUGUACUAAUUGAAUGUGUACAAACACUAGAAUAGUUUGAUGCAUAUAAGUUUUAAUCAAAGAUUUUUCUAUUGUUUGGUUGCAAAAUAACUUGGUGAACAAAACGUGGUAAAUGAAAAAGACAAAUCAAUUAUACUAACUUUGCUCUCUUCGUUAAGAUAAAAUAGAUACAAAAUAAUACAAAAUCUGACUUGCAAACCCAAUUGUUAAAAUUAUUUUAUAGAACUAUAUAUUACAUGACUUGGCAUACACGUGCAAUGCAUGUGCCAAAAAACUAUAAUCUUAAAUAACGUGUACAUGAAUAUAUUUUAUUCUAAUUAUUUACUCCAAUAUAAUUCUUCUCCACAACCCAACAUGUAUAUCCAGCCCAACUCACCUAUUUUCAUCGUGACCCGCUUUUCAGCCAUCUUUUCCACCUAAAAACUUUCAUUAAAACCUUCAAACUUUCUGAAUGCUAAUGAUAAUGCGUUUCAGAUCGAUGUUUUUAUCUUCUUAGCUGUAUUUUUGUCUUCAGAGACUAUUCUGUCCUAAAGUCACUUUCAUCGUCUUCCCUACCCAAAAUAUAGCUUAGCAUCGACUAGAGCUUGCACAUUCUGGAGAACUGGAUUUUUGUUGUGAAGACAUCCACUAAUCUCCAGCGAAGUAACAUUAUUGUCAGCUCUUUAUCAUCAUCGUCAUCGUCGUCGCUAUCUUCAUGUUCUUGUUGCAAGUAUCCCCCGAUAACCAACUUCUUCACACUUUCAGAAUUAAUAUAAAAACCAGGAAACGCCGAAACACAUACAAAACUUGAGAGAUUCCAAACCAGGACAUCCAGAACAGAUCGCAUCAACGACUUCUAAGCUCAAUUUAACAAACCAAAGAGCUAAAACCCUAAGAGCAGGCCAAUUAAUCCCCUCCUUUGGUACAAGAUUACAAUUGUACAACUUCAGUUUACGUAAACACACGUUGGAAUACAUAAGUUGUGGUAAGCUAUAACCCUCUUCGAAACCUCGUGUCCUCAUCAGAUUCAAAUCCACUACCUCAACAGACUUAAUCAUCACAAAAAUCAUCCAUCUGUUAACAUGGUCAACAAAUCGGUUGCUAAAGAGACUCAACCGAAAAUUCAUUCUAUUUACUAGGCUUAGGAGAGAAUCAAUGUAUCAUCAAUGGAUUUUAUAAAUUCAGUUACUUCGCGAUUUGAUUCAGGAGAGUGGGUGAAAGAUAAGUUGUGUGCUGAAGUCCACAAAAGGCGCCACCUUUUAGACAAAACUCCAGUUUGUAUAACAUCUUUCAUCUGGCAAGAUGAGAGGAUGUGAAGGAUGAGAGGGUCUGGUAAGGCGCUGAGACGAUCUGGUUUGUUAUCCGUUUUAUGGCGUUUAUCAGUACCGUAGCAUUGAUAUGAACGAGGAGAAUCAUAAGCAACUUCCACAUUUUCACAUUCAGAAGAUUCAAAAAAAAUGAGACAUGAUGAAGGAAACAGGAGCACAGGGUUUAACAAGUAGAGCGGCAUUUCCAAGAUUAUCAACAUUAUAUAUAGUGGAUACAACCUCCAUUUUUGCAACUUCACUCACUUUUUUAAGGAUGACUAUAAAUUCAUUAAGGAUAAAAUAGAUAUUUUAAAAUAAAAUUAUUACUGAAUAUAAAAAUGUAAGAUAAAACAGAUACGAAAUAAUAUCAAUCUGACUUGUAAAGCCAAUUGUUAAAAUUAAAUAUAACAUGACUGGCAUACACGUGCAAUGCACGUGCCAAAAAGCUAGUACUCUUAAAUAACAUAUGCAUGGAUAUAUUUUAUUCUUAUUAAAAUCAAAAUUUUCUCCAAUAUGAUUCUUCUACACAAUUCAACAUGUUAUCUAGCCCAAAUCACCUAUUUUCAUCCCGACCCGUUUUACUGCUAUCUUCUCCAUCAAAAUUAUUGUCCUUCAUCCAAAGCAUAAUGGAGAACAAAUCUCAACAAUCGGUGGAGAAUGCAGAGAAUGCGGCGGCGACAGCUGGGUACCCAAUGCAGAUACCUUACUACCAUCUUUAGAUACAGGAACAACAUUUGGCAGAGAAUGCAGCGACACCGACUGGAUACCCGAUGUAGGUACCCUAUUGCCAACUCCUUCAGCAACAACAACAUUAUAUAUAGUGGAUACACCCUCUAUUUUUGGCAAUUUCACUCACUUUUUUAAGGAUGACUAUAAAUUCAUUAAGGAUAAAAUAAAUAUUUUAAGUAAAAUUAUUACUGAAUAUAAAAAUGUAAGAUAAAACAGAUACGAAAUAACACCAAUCUGACUUGUAAACCCAAUUGUUAAAAUUAAAUAUUACAUGACUUGGUGAACAAAACAUGGUAAAUGAAAAAGACAAAUCAAUUAUACUAACUUUGCUCUCUUCGUUAAGAUAAAAUAGAUAUAAAAUAAUACAAAAUCUGACUUGCAAACCCAAUUGUUAAAAUUAUUUUACAGAACUAUAUAUUACAUGACUUGGCAUACACGUGCAAUGCACGUGCCAAAAAACUAUAAUCCUAAAUAAUAUAUACAUAAAUAUGUUUUAUUCUUAUUAAAAUCAAAAUUAUCUCCAAUAUGAUUCUUCUAUACAACUCAACAUGUAUCUAGCCCAAAUCACUUAUUUUCAUCCCGACCUGCUUUUCGGCCAUCUUCUCCAUAGAAAUUAUCAUUUUUCGUCGAAAGCAUAAUGGAGAACAAAUCGCAACAAUGGAAUGAGAAUGCAGCGGCAACAGCUUGAUACCCAAUGUGGGUACCCUACUACCAUCUUCAACAGCAGCAACAGGAACAAUCGGUGGAAAAUGCAGCGGCGGCGACUGGAUACUCGAUGUAGGUACCUUACUUCCAACUCCUUCUGCAGCAGCAGAAGGAAUGGGUACAGGAAGAACGACGACAGUUGGAGGCGUUUUAGACCUUCCAGCUCAAGGAGUAAGGAUAGUGACUAUUUAACUAAGGGGGGUCGUUUGGUGGAGUUUAUAAGAAUAAUGUUGAAUAUGGUGUAUAAGUAAUGCAUGCAUUAGUAAAGCUGGUAUUAGUUAUAUUGGCAUUAUUUCCUAUUCGUUGUUUGGUUUUGUUGUAUUAGAAAUUAUAUGUCUUGUAAAGUUUUUAUAGUAGUAUUUUUAUAAAAAUAUCUUCUACACUCUAGUUUUGUAAAACAAAAUGUAAGAUAAAACAAAUAUGAAAUAUACCAAUCUUGUCAAUCCAAUUUUUAAAAUUAAAUAUUACAUGACUGGCAUACACGUGCGAUGCACGUACCGAAAAACUAUACUUUUAAAUAACAUAUACAUGAAUAUAUUUUAUUUUAAUUUAAAUCAAAAUUUUCUCCAAUCACCUAUUUUCAUUCCGACCCGUUUUUCGGCCAUCUUCUCCUUAGAAAUUAUCGUCCUUCACCUAAAGCAUAAUGGUGAACAAAUCGCAAAAAUGGGCGGAGAAUGCAGCGGCGACAGUUGAGUACCCAAUACAGGUACCCUACUUCUACCUUCAACCGCAGCAAUAGGAACAACAAUUGGCGGAGAAUGCAACGGAGAUCGGAUACGCGAUAUAGGCACCUUACUACCAACUCCUUCAACAGCGACAAAAGGAACAGGAAGAACAACGAUAGUUGGAGGCGUUUUGGGCCUUCCAGCUCAAGGCGGUUAAGGAUAGUGACUAUUUAAUUAUGGGAUCGUUUGGUAGAGUGAAUAAGAAUAAUGUUCAAUAUGGUGUAUUAGUAAUGCAUGCAUUAAUAAAGUUGGUAUGAGUUAUAUUGGCAUUAUUUCCUGUACGUUGUUUGGUUUGAUGUAUUAGAAAUAAUAUGUCUUGUAUAGUUUGUAUAGUAUUUGUCUGCAAAAGUACCUUCUAUACUCUUGUUUUGUAAAACAAAAUGUAAGAUCACUUGCCUAACAGCUGCCAAAAGCGGAAGCUUCAAUGUUGACGGGCUUAUUGUCUCUUUUCUUAUCUUAAAAAAGGGAAAAUAAGAGAGGGAUCACUCCUCGGGCAGUCGCUAACCGUUGCGCCUUCCCUUCUGCUUACACCAUUUCUUUGUGAAUGCUCCGCUUUGCUCUUUGUCGCGCUACUUCCGCUAGCAACCGGCUUCGGAUUCUCGGUAGCUGCUUAGUCUCAUCCGAGAGUUUAAUCUCCUUACUCCUUACUGCUUUUUUCAAAGAAAAAAAGAAGGGGGUCGAUUUAGGCUCCUUCCCUUCCACUGCGUGCAAUCAGCUACUUGCCACCUUCCCUUAUUCUCCCUCCUUUCCCUUCCUUGCAAAGGUCUUGGAGCCGUCUUAGGAAAUGACUUAACUUAAAAGACAGAUGCCGCCGCUGCGAGGCGAGGGAGCAACUUGUCUGGUCUUACGGUGCACUCAUUCCCGUUACGAGAAUGAAAUGACGCCCCAGCUUGACUCGAGACCAAGACUCCUUACAACUCGCACCAAUAGCGGCACUGAGCGGCCGGAGAUUGAUUGAAAAGGCAGGCCCAGCCGACCCUCUCCCCCCCUAACC